AUGAAACCUGGUGAAUCUAUCAAUUCUGAAGUUUACGGUAAAUUAUUGGAUAAAGUUCAUCAAAAAGUGUCCCAAAAAGGGCUAUCUUUAGUCAAUAAAAAAGGGCCAAUUCUUCUUCAUGACAACGCGCGCCCACAUGUUUCAAGAAUCACGCUUCAGAAGCUGAAUGAAUUAAAAUUUGAAACUCUCCCUCAUCCUCCUUAUUCUCCUAAUCUUUCUCCAACAGACUUUUAUUUUUUCAAGCAAUUGGACCAAUUUCUGAAGAAGAAAGUCUUCAAAAACGAGGAAGCUAUAAAAUCUGCUUUUGAAGACUUUAUUGGCUCCAGGGACGACAGUUUUUAUUCAAAUGGAAAAAGUAAAUUACCAUUGCGUUGGAAAAAUUGUAUAGAUUCUAAUGGUAGUUAUUUUAAAUAA